UGCAAGAUGAAGUGAUGAAUAAAAACAAUACAACUGAAAAUGUUUUUGGUGAUAUUCAAGACGACAAGGUGUUGGAGGAGAGGAAUGAGUAUGCGGGGAACAAAUUCGAUGAUGAUGUGUUUGAUGUAAAUGAUUAUAGUGAAGUUAAAGAGGAGUGGGAGGAGAGGAAUGACAAUGCGGGGAACAAAUUUGAUGAUGAUGUGCCGGACGAAGACGAACUAAUAAUAACGGGAAUUGCAGAUUAUUUUGAUGAUGAUGACGACAAAGAAGUUACACCCGAUAAACCGAGGAGUCGAAAACCAUCACAAUAUUUGUGCCCUCCUUACACCGAGUUGCACACGACACCGAAGCAAAAAAGAAGAACAAAAAAGAAGGUUGAUAUCAAAUCAACAAGCCCCGUUCCUCCUCCAGUUUUUGGUGUUGCUCAUGACUUGUCCAUGUUGCGCCUGCAACCUUACGUAGCAGGCGGUGAGGAUGUCAUCCAAAAUUAUGUAUUGCAUUCAUAUGAUGUCCAACAUCGUUUGUUUAAUUUCGUGUUAGAUAGAGAUUUUUGGAGCUCAUUGUUUGGGCAUACACACGACGGAUGGUUGGAGUCAGCGCAUAUAACCAUUUGGUACCGACUAUUGAUGGAGAGACGGUUUGAGAGCGACCGACAUACAAUAAUGCCUCCAAAUUUUUUUGUUUCUCAUGCUUUGGAAGAAGGACAGGACUGGAGGGCGUUUAUGGCUGGUAUUGCUACGUACCCCAACUUCAUGGUUGCUUGGUGGAAUGUUGAUACGGUCUUAUUGCCGAUUCAUUCAUCCCCUAAUCAUUGGCUAUUUGGGGAACUACGAUUAGCGUCAAUAGAAGUGCAUAUUUAUGACAGUCUUGGUAGAGGGGCUUAUGAAAAAUUCAAAUCUGAAGGAAUCUUUUCCAAAUUUGAACGUCGGGUGGAAAAUUAUUUGGACAAGAUUAAGUAUCGGGCCCGGAGAAACAUCCCAAGGAUUCCAUUGAAUAUGCAAUUCAUUUAUGAAGAAAAUGUUCCCCAACAAAGUAGUCAUUUGGGAGAUUGCGGUGUUUUUCUUUGUAUGUUUAUGGAGCAAUUGGUUUCAGGUCAACCAAUACGUGUUCUUAUUGACCCAAAGAACGCAGCUUUAGAGUUCCGUCUACGGAUGACAAAAAUUAUUUGGGGGUCUAGUCUUGGUCCUAUGUAGUUGGAUUAUAUAAAUGUAUAUAUAAAUUAAUGUUGGAUUUCAUUAUUAGUUUAUUUUUACAGUUUA